GUGAGCAAUCUCCCAACUCAUCUCUGUACAUACAUACAUACACACCGUACCUGCAGUGGCACACGGCAAAACGUGUUUGGUUGUGUUAUUAAUCGAGAAGGUUAGGAUCAUUUCAUUGUUAUAAACAAGUACGGACAUAUUGUUAAAAUGAACUCUACUCGAAAGAAGAUUAAUCAUCAGUCGGUGUUUAAACCUCGCACGAAAUGUGAUGACAAUUCAGAAUUAUCGAGUGAAAUGAUUAUCAGUGCAAGAAAAACUGGCCAAUUGAACUUAUCAUCACGCGGCUUGGCUACUGUACCUCUUAGAGUAUGGAAUAUACACGAGUGGACAGAUGAAGAAAUGAAACAUGUUAAUGUUGCUUGGGAUUCUCAAAAUGAAGGCGAAAGAUGGUGGGAACAAGAACCACUGAAAACAUUAAAUUUGAGCUGUAACAGCUUAAUUUAUUUAGACUCAAAAAUUGAACUAUUAUCUGAAAUCUGUAAUAUGGAUUUACAUGACAAUCUGUUGGAAACAGUGCCACCAGAGAUGGGUAAUUUAAACAAGUUACAAAAACUUGAUAUGUCAACCAAUAAAUUGGAAACCCUUCCGUCAAAUUUCUUUAAUUUAUAUGAACUACGUUAUUUGGAUUUACAUAAUAAUGCCUUAAAGGAACUGGAUGCUGCUGUAGGAGAUUUAAUUAUGUUGGAAUAUAUGAAUAUUUCCUGUAACAACUUAACCAACUUGCCUGUCGGAAUGGGGUAUCUGGUACGAUUGGUCUCUCUUGAUUUGAGCCACAAUAAGCUGAAAGAGUUACCACCAGAUAUAAUGAGCAUGCGAGGAUUAAAGAAAUUAGAUGUGAGCUUCAAUCAUUUGGAAAUUCUGCCACCUUUUGGGGAAUUACGAAAAUUGGAAGUACUGGUUCUCCGAGAAAAUAAUUUACGAAUCUUCCCUGAUACAACUGGUUGCAUAGCAUUACGUGAGCUUCACCUGGCUAAUAACUGCAUUACUGAGAUAAAUGUUCCCUCUCUGGAAAGUAUGGGGAAAUUAAGAGCUCUGACAUUAGGAAAUAAUAAUAUUGAAGUCAUUCCUGAAGAAAUUAUACAGUUGCUCAAUUUAGAACACCUUGAUUUAUCUUGUAACAAUAUAUCUAUAGUUCCUACUUGCAUCAGUAUAAUGCCCAAUUUACAAGUGUUUAUAAUUGAAGGAAAUGAAGUAAAAAAUGUUAGAAGAGAUAUAAUAAAAUGUGGUACCUCAAGAGUGCUACGACAUCUGAGACAAAAUAUAAUUCCAAUUUCUUCUGAAUCGAGGUUGUCUCCGUUAUUAGGCACUGAUGAUAGUACCUUUCCUGAUAAGUAUUGUAUGAAAAGAACAAAACUACUGAGUCUUACAUCUCGAAACCUUCGUAACAUUCCAGAAACAGUCUUUGAUGAUGCAAUAGAAGCUCAAGUGACUUGUAUCGAUUUGAGCAAAAACAAAUUGUGUAUUUUGCAAAAUAAAUUACGAAUAAUUGCUACGGUAACAGAUUUAAAGCUAUCGCAUAAUCAGUUAUCAUUAAUACCUGAUUGGAUUGGUGAAAAUCUUAAACACCUUCAACAUUUAGACUUAAGCAACAAUCAAUUGUCAUCAUUACCCGACAGCUUCAGCUUGCUUAAGUUCUUGCGGGAAAUUAAUAUAUCAUUCAACAGAUUUACGAAAGUACCUGAUUGCCUCUACACAAUAGAUGCUUUAGAAAUAUUACUUGCAGAUACAAAUCAAAUAAUUGAAAUCGAUGUUGCCUCUUUGGCCCAGUUGAAAAGACUUGCUACCUUAGAUCUUUCUAAUAAUAAUAUUGGGUUCGUGCCACCGGAACUUGGUAAUUUAAAAAAUCUCAGGACACUUAUAAUAUCUGGAAACUGUUUUAAAUUACCAAGACAUGCAACGUUAAUGAAGGGUACCGAUGAAAUCUUGGCUUAUUUACGAGAUCGAAUUCCAACAUAACGAUAUGGUAUAGCUGUAUGCAGAUUGUUGAGACUUUAAAUUAAUGUUAAUAUGCCAGAGAAAUAUCAAAUUAUAGAUCAUGAGAUAAUGAGAAAGAAGUGAUGGAAAAAUAUGGUUUGUCUUGUGGAUUAUAUACAUCAUUGUGAUCAUUGUGAAUAUAUUAUACAAUAUUUGUAUAUACAUAUAUGUGCGAAAAAUGUGAUAGUAACAGCACAAACUAAUCACAGGAAAAUAAGAGAUCACUUAAGAGAUAGCUUAAGUUUCAAUUUUGUCAGAAUUUGAAUGUUCUGCAAUAUUUGAGUUUUUUGUUCAUCGCGAAACAAUUACAAUUCUGGAUCGAAAUGUAUUGUAGAUGG